GCAUCACAGCCCAGCAGCGGAAGUGUUCACUUGUUGUCACGAGAAGCCGCGUGUGUUUGGUCCAUGGUCCUCUUUCAGUGGGAUGCUCAAGACAGAAGAUAGCCUCUCUUUAGAAACUGGCCCCUUGGAAAGAUGACUGCUCAGGAGGCGCGUCUGUGUGGUCUCCUGCUGCGGGAGCACUUUGGAGAAGUGGUGGAGAAAGUGGGAAUACACCUGCUCAGAAAUGGAGCACAGAAUUUAAGAACCAUCCUUCAUGAGACCGGCAUCUCACUGGACCUGGUAAAGAAGUCCCUGUGUGUGCUCGUGCAGCAUGGCACCUGUGUGUUCAGCCCAGGCCGUAAAGGACCUGGGAGCCCCGCAGAGUAUCGGUCCAGCUGUGAUCGGAUUCUUAGAAUUCUGCGUUACCCGCGCUACAUCUACACCGCUAAAACCUUGUACGGUGACACCGGAGAGCUAAUCAUAGAGGAGCUACUGCAGAGAGGUCACAUGACCAUGAGUAGCACAGUUAAGACAGUUGCGGACCGUCUCACACAAAACAUGGAAGAGGGUCGCAGCAUGGAAUAUAGUGAGGUGUCUUCUGCCUUCUCCAAACUGGUUGAGACCCAUUUUCUUCAGCGCUGCCCUCCACUGGCAGGAGCAGCAACAAAAGACAGUGCUACUCCAGGUACCCCUGCAACCCCGGCCACCUCUGGUACUCCUGCUGCCCCUGUUAGCACCGCCCCGCCCACACCUGAGAGCUUCCCUGACUGUUACAAGGUGCCUCAUGUGACACUGACAGGGCGAGGCAAACGCCAACUCUCUGGUGAGGAUGGCGAGGACCAAAGGAAUGCAAAGAGGGCCAAAAUGGAUUUACAGACACACGGCGACGAGGGGAUUUGCUGGCAGGUGAAUUUUGAGAGGUUCCAUCUCCACUUCAGAGACCAGGCCAUCAUCAGUGCUGUAGCCAACAAACUGGACCAGACUAGCAGUGAGAUAGUGAGGACUAUGCUGAGGAUGAGUGAGGUGACGACCGCGCCCAAUGCGUCCUGCACGAAGCCCCUCUCAGCCAACGAAAUCUUCAGGUCCCUCCCAACCAGCUACAACAUCUCCAGACCAAUCUUAGACCAGUACCUCACGUUACUAGUGGAUGACCCAAUGGAGUUUGUGGGGAAGGCUGGUGAAAGUGGAGGAGGGAUGUAUGUCGUUAAUUUGCACAGAGCGCUGGCUAAUCUGGCUCGGGCCACGCUAGAGUCUGUAGUACAGGAGAGGUUUGGCUCCCGAUCAGCGCGCAUCUUCCGGCUGUUGCUAAGGAAACGUCACCUAGAGCAGAAGCAGGUGGAGGAUUUUGCUAUGAUUCCAGCCAAAGAAGCUAAAGAUAUGCUCUACACGCUGCUGUCACAGAACCUGGUCCAGCUGCAGGAAAUCCCAAAGACUCCUGACUAUGCUCCCUCUCGUACUUUCUAUCUGUAUACCGUCAACCAACUCCCAACUGCAAGAAUGCUGCUUCAGAACUGCUACAAGACAGUGGCCAACCUCAUAGAGCGACGCUUGUUUGAGACCAAAGAGAGCAAGCGUCUGCUGGAGAAAUCGCAGCGAAUUGAGGCCAUUCUGGCAUCUCUGCAGGCCAGCGGGGCCGAGCCUGAGCAGCUGACAGAGGUCGAGGAGAUGAUCACUGCUCCUGAAAAGCAACAGCUGGAGGCCUUACGGCUUCAUAUCAACAAGUUAGAUUCAGCUGAGAACCAGGUCGAUGAAACCAUUUUUCUUUUAGAGUCCUACGUCAACUCCACUGCAUCCACAAGUUGAGAGCAAGCAUCACAACUCAUAGAACUUUUGAAAACUUUUCCGUUACUCUUUGUGUAUGAAUUCUGUCAAGUGUGGCUGUUUUAUAGUUUAUAUGACUGGAUUUAUUCCAGUUUGAAUUGCAGUAAAAUCUAAAUAGAUUAUUUUGCUUGUUUUUAUCUCAAGCAUUGGCAAACAAAUAAACAGAGCUCAAGAAUA